GCACGCCCAGACGAAAAUACGGAAGCUCCACAUUAGACGACAUCACCUCGCUGUAAUCUCUUCUCAAAACUUGUUUAUGAGGACAAAAAACAGUCCUGCGUCUUAUCUGGAGGAAUAGUUUAGUGUUUUUUCUGCUGUAAAUGAUCGGUUAUAUGGCUGCUGUGUGGAUAAUGCUUCUGUAACCGUGGUAAUAGUACUUCUUCUUCUCUGAAAACAAACUGUAGUAGCUGAAUAAGAUGCCAGCUCGCAGCGUUGUAUCAAACGACAGCCCCAACAACAAAGUCAGGUAUUCUAGGUUAGCCAGUGAUGAUGACGGCUACAUUGACUUACAGUUCAAGAAGCCCCCGCCCAAAGUCCCAUACAAAGCCAUAGCACUAGCAACAGUCCUCUUUUUAAUCGGCUCUCUGUUAAUCAUCAUUGGCGCCCUUCUCCUGGCUGGAUACUUUGGAGUCACACACUCAGACCGAACGGCUCCUGUCCUAAUCAUCGGGAUCCUUGUCUUCCUGCCUGGAGUUUACCACCUACGGAUAGCUUACUAUGCAUCAAAAGGCUACCAUGGCUACUCCUAUGAUGACAUCCCAGACUUUGAUGACUGACAGCCACAGUCUUCCUGUUCUUACAUUCAGUCGUUAUAACUAGCCUGUUCGACAUUGCAGACAUGGAUAUUUAAAACAAUGGAUUGAAUAGAUUCUGUGAAUUGCUUUAAACCAAAUCUGAAGGAUUUUUUAAGUAUUUUCAGAGUUACAGAUAAUAUGUUGAUAGUGAUGCCUACCUUAUUAUUAAGUGAAUUUAUUUCAGACUUUGAUUUGUACAUUUGCUUUGAUAGCUUGAUCUAUUAAUUAAAAUGCAGACAUAAGAUUC